UCAUUUAAACUGUCACCCAAAAACGAAACAAUGUUUCGCCUUUGCUGUACGAAUUUUUCGCUGAUUUCUCGCCGUAAUAUUGGCCUGUCGGCCGCAAGGCGCUACAAGGAUCCCAUCUAUGAGAUCUUUUUGGAUAAAGUGCGCGAGUAUCGCCUGAAGAGUCCCACAGGAAAGGCUCUCGAUGCGGGUCCGGAGUUUGAGCAGGAGCUAAAUGAGACUUUGGAGCGUUUGGCAUUGAAAUUCGGUGGCGGGGAUGGCGUGGAUAUGUUGGAGUUUCCCAAAUUCAAGGAGCCUGAGGUAACACUAGAUCCUCUGUCCAUUUUUGCCAAGCCCAAAGAAGAGACAGAGAAAAGCGAGGAGUCAAAGGAAGUGAAGAAUGGAGGCAAAGAACAGGAAAAUACGGCAAAAGAUCAGCAGAAAACCAAGGAAACAAAAGGGAAAGAUCAGCAGAAAGCAAAGGACACAAAGGCCGAAGCAAAGGACAUAAAGGCCAAGGACACAAACCCCAAAGAUGACAAGAAAAAGUAGAUAAGGAAACUGCCAAUUUCCUUAGUGUUCAAUUUUCGUUGCUGUUAUUUUGUAAUCAAAAUUUCAAUUAAAUUGUUCCACUGUGGCUG